AGGCUAUUCUACUUUUUCUCAUGACUUGUGGGGAUACGAGGGUGAAACGAUGUUAGUACAGUGCAAAGAGAGGGGGAUGGAGAGGGUGUGUGUAUUUGUGAGCUUGAAAUACCAAUGUGAUAUUGAACUUUUUUAUGCAUUGUCAUGAUCGACUGCACUAUCACAGUCAGCUCGGUCUGAGAAGGAUAGUGUCUUUAUUUUCAGGAAGAAGCUCAUGCUUUUUGUUUCUUUUUUCUAAUGAUUUAGGUACGGGAACGUUCGGACGUGUCUAUUUGACAAAGUUCCGCCGUGAACCUUCAUAUUAUGCAAUGAAAGUACUUAAAAAAACCGAGGUUGUACGGCUUAAACAGGUCGAGCAUAUCAACUCCGAAAAGCAAAUCCUUUCCCAAGUUGAUUUUCCAUUUAUUGUCAAUCUAUUUACUACCUUCCAAGACGACCGGAACCUCUAUAUGUUGCUCGAGUAUGUCAUUGGAGGAGAGCUUUUUUCACAUCUGCGGAAGGCCGGAAGGUUUACAAACGACAUGACGCGCUUCUAUGCAGCCGAAAUUGUUCUUGCAAUCGAGUAUCUACAUUCAAGGGAUAUCAUCUAUCGUGACUUGAAGCCGGAAAAUCUUCUUCUUGAUUCCAAAGGGCACAUCAAAAUUACAGACUUUGGAUUUGCAAAGAGAGUUGAAGACAGAACAUGGACACUGUGUGGAACACCAGAGUACUUGGCGCCUGAAAUUAUUCAAUCAAAAGGACAUGGAAAGCCUGUAGACUGGUGGGCAUUAGGCAUUUUGAUCUUUGAGAUGUUAGCAGGAUAUCCACCAUUCUUUGAUGACAAUCCAUUUGGUAUCUAUGAAAAGAUCCUGGCAGGCCGCAUCUACUUCCCUUCACAUAUUGACCCCCAGGCAAAGGACUUGAUCAAGAGACUUCUCACUGCAGACCGGACAAGACGACUAGGCAACUUGAAGGAUGGAUCAAAUGAUAUCAGGAAUCAUAAGUGGUUCCGUGGAGUCGACUGGCAAGGUCUGUUAAACAGGACUGUGAAAGCACCUAUUGAGCCACCAUUUGUUCAUCCUGGCGAUACAGGCAAUUUUGAAAAGUAUCCCGAGGUGACAGACGAAGAUACGGCCGAUGGCGACCCCUACCGGUCACUGUUUGCCAACUUUUGAUAUGAUGCCGGAAAGAUUAGCAACCAAAGCAGCAUACCUCAUCAAUACCAUUCUCCCGAUAGUCAGCCAACGUCAUCAGAGCAGGCAUUUCAGUCUUUUGAAGCACAAGAGCAGCAAUCUCA